CGGGUGAGGCACCUGCUUGCCCAAAUACUGUACAAUCAGUUCGAAUAGUUUAGCAGGUGGAACAAGUUUCCAUUCAACGAUCCCCACACACAUUUACACACAACGACAACAAGGAGCAACAUCGGCAUGCAACUCGCAGAGUUCCAGGCAGCCGCUGUCUGCCUUUGCCUGGGUCUGAUCCUGACAAUCAGCCCGGCGCAGGCUCAGGAGAAUGCACAACUUCAGAUUCCGCCCUCGCUGAUAGAAUGCUACAACACCUCAUAUUUCAUGAAUCGCGACAAUCGUCUGCCCGCCAACAUGGAUACAUUGAUCUCACUGAUUGAGAAGGUCGAGAAUAGUUACGUGGCCACUGGUUACCAGAUGGACAUUAGACAGGUGUCUGUGGCCCUGCUGCAUCGAUUCCGUCAAGAUGGCAUUAAGCGAGCUGCUGGCGUCCAAGCUGUUAGCGGUGUCAUUCCCUACAGUCCAACCGGAUUUCAAUUCCCCAAGCUGCGCAUUCUGCUCUCCCUCCUCCUGCAGGGCAAUGCAAAUACCUUCCCCAACAGCUCGCUUACCAGCACUGAGCGCUGCUCUCUGCACUUUAUGAUGUCCAGCACGUUCGAUACCCGAGCCCGUGGCGAUGAGAAUACCGUUUGUAGCCAGCUCUCGCAGUAUCGCGCUCAACGUUUGCCCCGGGGUCUCAUUAGAGAUGCCAGCAAUAACUUCAUUGGCGACGCCGAGUGGCUGGACAAGUCCCGGAAACGGGCUCUCUCCGGCUCCAACUAUGUGCAGCUCGGUGAACUAGAUUACGACACGGAUUGGGCCUAUGCAGGCACCGAGGGUCAGAGCCAAUGUCCCGUGGAAGACGGCGUGGUGCGGACUCCUUGGGGCACCGUUUCAGCUGGAGCUUUGAUUGCUGGUGUCGCCACUGGCUUGCAGCAGCAAAAUGUGGCUGUAAACACGCUGCUCAGGCAUUCUUCUCAGCGACGUGGUCGCCCACAACGGCAAACGACGGCGACAUCGAUUGACAAUCGCUGGGCCGCCACGCUUGGCGGUGAUCUGGCUGAGGUGACUCUUGUUCAGGUGCCAGUUUCCACAAACAAUGCGGCUUCGGUGGGUGCCACCGGUGGCUGGAAUGACACGGUGCUGCCUCACUGGUAUUUCCUCACGCAACGCACUAAUCUGGAAGCCACCGACGCGGAGAUACGAGGAGGACUCGAUGGCUUGAUCAUUGCCAAGAACAUUGCCCAGUGGAAGACACAAGCCUCCAGUCUGAAGUUGUCCCAACUGCUUCGCAUGUACUACUCGACCACAGGUGUUCUGGGCUCGGGCAUUACGGCUUGCAGUCGCCAGUCGCAGUUCCCCAUUGUGGCGCCCACCACUGAGAUGCAGGGUCAAGUCAGUGCCUUUGCCCAGGUGCUCGAUAACGAGAUGCAGCUGAAGGUUACACUUCAACCCGAUACGAUAGCCAAUUUCGCCAGCACUGCGUCCCUUUCGUUAGUUACCUAUGUCCCACAAUCCUUGAAUGAUGUGUCGUGCUCGGCUACCACUAAUCAGGAUUUGUCGGCCAUUAUCACCCCUAUGACGAAUCUGUUCAUCUUCUUGGACACAUCGUGGCAGUACAGCUCCAUUGUUGACUAUGUUGCUUAUAUCCUGCAGCAGCUGAACAUACAUCCUUAUGCCAGUUCCGUAACGAUGCUCUCAGCCUACGAUGGCUCGGUUAUUGUCAACACCACGAACUACAUCACCGACGUUUACCAGCAGUGGAAUGUGACCACGCAAGCGCAGUAUACUCAGGGAUUCAAUCUGCCCACGGUGUUGCGCACUAUUCAAAACUUGACCCAGACUCUGCUCAAUGGCGAGCAGACAAAUUCCUCUGUCGGUGGUCGCUCUCUAGUGGCUUUGAUUCUGCCGAAUCAAGCAACUGUGAAUGAUGGCGACUCCAGCUAUGCAACAACUGAGUUGCAGUACAUCAACGAGCAGAUUCCGGAUCUUCGUUUCAUCUACUACGGCGGCGGUAGCAUUCAGCGCUUCGCCAGCUUUGUGCGCGACUCCACCAAGGAUCUGUUCUCCCUCACCAUCGGCAGUACGGUAGCCACUUCAGCCGGACCCGUGGCUAAGCGCAUAAUAACGAUUCCACGCCGUAUCAUCAACCCACGUUGUGGAUCUGCCUGGUACACAUCUACGUGGGGUACCGAUCAGAUGUAUCAGUAUGUGCGACCAGGAACCGUCAACUUCUACCGCAUGGCGUCGAAUUACUUCUAUGGCACUGGCGCCAAUAGAGUGGUGACCAUUCAAUCCCAGAAUGGCGGCACCUUCACCGUCUGCACCUCGCGCAGCUAUGAGUGGCCACAGCAGAACUCGACGACUUCGUCCACGACAACGACAGGCACUACGGAUCAGUCCUGUACGCAGAUCACCAACAGCUUCUCCUAUGAUCUGUCAAGUGCCUGCAAUGGUUACUACACCAUAACGCAAUGUCCGCCUCUCUACUUGUCUGUGCAGCCGGGCACCAUCAACACAACAUCCUGCACGCAGGAUGAGUGUCAAACGCCGGAUGAAUGGCGUUACCUUGUGUCCUCGGUCAACAUGGGUUGCUAUAGUGGAGUUGCCGGAUUGGCGGGCAGUCUCUUGACCAUUCUGCUGGCCCUGCUGCUGCAGCAAUCUGUCCAAUAAUACACACAAAUUGUAGAUUUAGUUGCAGUGCAGUGUAACAGAGUUCAAAUUACCCACUUUUGACCUAAAUUAUUAUUAUGAUUUUUUAUUUAAGUUGUAAGUUCAAUUGACGAAAGUCGCUAAUAAAGUCCCCCCACUAGAACUACA